AGAAAUUGGAUAGUCAUAUUAGGCUGACCAAAUGUAAGAGAAAAAAUUGUGUGGGGAAUUUGACAGGCUAUCGCCUAAUUAAAUCAGAAUAUGUGUUGUAUGUGGCAAGAAAUUAGUUUUUCUCCGCAUCUAGACAUCAAACUCUGUUUAUUUAUUAGUGAAAGUAGUCGGAACUUAGUGAUAAAUACACUAAAUGGAUAUAUGAUAUGUGGGCGACUUGCUUCUUUUCGUUUUUUUUUUUUUUAUGUUUCCUCAUAGAUUAAAUACAAAUAUAUAAAGUUGUUUUUUUUGCUUGAUGUGUAUAUAUAUAUAUAUAUAUGUCUUUUUUCAAAAUAUAAUUCAAGGAAGGGGAGAGCCGCCGCACUAUACAUGAUCAAAAUAUAUUCCAAGAUUAAUGGUGCUCAAGCUAUAACCUGCUCAUGUGACAUUUUCCAAUUUGUCGUAGCCCAAGACUAUCAAAGCAAGCUUUGGUGAAUCAAGCACACUACGAAUUAUAAAAUCCUCAUCAUUGACGAGUAAUGUUUUUUUUUUUUAUGGCAAUUCUAUCACCACUGUUUUAGUCGCUAUAUGUCUGCAGUGGGGCCAUAUACCCCCCACGAAAAAAUGAAAAUGAAAAAUAAAUUUAAAAAAAAAAAAACCAUGGUCCACUUAUGAUUAAUCAAGACAAUAUCAAGACAGAUUGUCAAGACGAAAAUAAUGUCGAGUGAGUUAUGAAGCACAGAGAAGGGUAAAUUUGUCAUUUCAAGAAGAAAAAGGGUGUAGUUGUUUUGCUAGCAAAUAGGAGACUAGCACGUCAGUCAGCCUCGAUGUGAUUGGAGGCGACAAGAAGAUGGUGUAUAUAAAUAGAGUGGUGAGUUAUCAAUGGUUGGAUUGGAGGGAGGCAACCAAAUCUUCUUAGGUAAAGAAAAUGGGAAGGUCUCCUUGUUGUGAUGAGAGUGGCCUCAAGAAAGGUCCCUGGACCCCUGAAGAAGAUCAAAAGCUCAUGAAUUACAUUCAGAAAAAUGGCCAUGGAAGCUGGAGAGCCCUUCCAAAACUUGCAGGCUUAAACAGAUGCGGCAAGAGUUGCAGGUUACGAUGGACAAACUACCUUAGGCCAGAUAUAAAGAGAGGGAAGUUUUCUCAAGAAGAAGAACAAACAAUUCUGAACCUCCAUUCCAUCCUUGGCAACAAAUGGUCAGCAAUUGCAAGUCACCUACCCGGUCGGACGGAUAAUGAAAUAAAAAAUUUCUGGAACACCCAUUUGAAGAAGAAGCUGAUUCAGAUGGGUUUUGAUCCGAUGACUCACCGGCCUCGGACCGAUAUCUUCUCUAGCUUGCCUCAUCUUCUAGCUCUUGUCAAUUUGAAAGAGCUCCUGGACCAUGGAGGGCACACAUCUUGGGAUGAACAAGCUGUGAGACUACAAGCAGAAGCAGCUCAAAUGGCUAGGCUCCAAUACCUACAAUGUCUCCUCCAACCUCCUCCUGCUAAUAAUUCCUUUGGAGCUGGUAGCCCAAGCAACCUAAAUGAUAUCACUGACAUGGAGACCAUCAAUCUUUUGAGCUCUCUCUGUUCAUAUCAGUUGGAUCAAAACCCACCACAAUAUCCUGGAGCUAAUUUCGAACCAGUCCAAGAUCAUAAUUCAAUCCCUUUCUCUCAUUUGCCUGACUUACAAACCUAUCAAACACCUUCACUGAACAACAACAAGGACAUGGUUAACCAAGCUGAAGAUCAAUUUGCUGUAGUUUUGAGCCAAGGGCAAAACUCUCCCAACAAUCCAUGGAACAUUCCUUCUUCUUCAAACACCACUCCAUCUCCUACUUCUAUGGCUCCUCCGGUGGCAGAGACUUCGAUAAGCAACACCAUGGGAGAUGCUUGCAGUACUUCAAGCUUUGGAGGAGUGGCUAAUUCGGCUUGGUCUGAGCUUCUUCUUGAGGACUCUUUUUUCAAUGAGAUUGCUUAAUUAAUUAGGUAGAGAUGUGUGCUAAAGGUUUCUAAUUGCAUGAUCACUUACUAUUUAUGUGUACUUUCUGAUAAUAUAUAUUUACAUAUGUGUAUACUCUUCGUUAAUUAUAUGUAUAAUUAAUCGUUUAAUUAUAUGUAUAAUUAAUCGUUCUGAGGUCUCAUGCAAGAGGAAUCUGUUUUACUAGCUGAUUAAUUAAUAUUUAAUUACAUGUUUUCCCAAUUGGA